CUAAGUCCAAGAGAGAAAAGAAAAGGGCAAUGAAUUUUAGUGUUCUUAAAUUACGUUUCGGCUUCCGGUCGAAAAGAAGAGGCAAUGAUCAUCUGAUUGCUGUCGAUAAGAUGAGGAACAAUCGUGUCCGGUUUGUGGACUUUGAACCCCGGCAAGGUGAUGCUCAGAACAAUCCUAUUUAUGCGGAGAAUUUCAACACUGGCCCUCAGGAAGGUGGCCAAAGAAACCCAGUUGAUGUGGAUGAUGUCAAUCAGAUGAGGAACAACCAUAUUCAGUUUGUGGACCUUGAACACCCCCGGUCGGGUACUUCUCAGAACAAUCCCAUUUAUGCAGAGAAUUUCAACGCUGGCCUCCAUGGCCUUCUUCCGAAAUCUAAACAAAGUGACCAGAGAAAUCCAGUUGAUGUGGAUGUGCUUCAAUUCAACCAUCCUGUACCCCUGGAUGAACCAGAUGAUGAUGAUAUUUUUUAUCGAAUUGCUGUUUACAAUUCAUUAUCUGAUUAUGGUGUCACAGAAGUCAUCAACCUUGAUGACUAUUAUCCGAUGGGAAAAAAAUAUAUGCAAGCCAUUGAUACUUAUGUUAAUGUUGGGGAGUCCAGUUCUUCAAGUCAGAAAAUUCUAACUGUAGAUUGCAGCCUUUGCUUUGAAAAGGUUCUCAUAGCAGAGAUGUUUGACAUGAUUGGAUGUUCUCAUAGCUAUUGUUCAGAUUGUGUGAGAAAGCUCAUUACUGCAAAGCUGAGUGAAGGUGUGGUGAAGGUACUGUGCCCUGAGGUUGGAUGCAAGGAUGGAUUUUUGUUGCCAUAUGCAUGCAGGAUGAUCCUCCCAAUAGAUGUUUAUUCAAUGUGGGGUGAUAAAUUAUGCGAGGAGAUGUUACCGGAGAAAACCAAACUAUACUGCCCGUUCAAAGAUUGCUCGGCUUUGUUGAUCAAUGAUGAUGAGAAAAUUGCACAAUCAGAGUGCCCACAUUGCAACAGAUUGUUUUGUGCUCAAUGCAAAGUCCCAUGGCACAUUAAUUUUAAUUGCAAAGAUUAUCAGAAACUUGGCCAGGAUGAGAGACAGACUGAGGAUCUUUUGCUGAUGAAAGUUGCAAAAGAUAAGAAGUGGGGGAGGUGCCCGCGGUGCCGUUUCUUUGUGGAAAGGACUCAAGGUUGCAUGUACAUGGUCUGCAGGUGUGGCAAUACCUUUUGCUAUGGCUGUGGAUCAAAGAUGGACAAAAAUUAUCAUUACUGUCCAAAAUGCCGACGCUAAGCUCAAGUUUGGUGUUCCAGAUUGAUUUGAUUUUACAAGCCAAUUUUAACAGAAGAUGAUGAUUGAUAAAACUGCUUAUCUUCUUGUUGCAAAGCUAAUGCACUUCAUUUUAUAUGAAGUUCUCUUAGUUCUUUUUAAUUUCUCCAGAUUGGAUGGAUCACAUGCUCUGGCAUUGGACAAUGCUCAUGUGAAUUUAUUUACAUAUUUAGUUUUUUUUCUUCUUUUAAAAUAAAAUGGAUAAACCAUGAAUUAAUAACAAGAAAGUACUAUUUA